AUGCUUUCCAAGAUCGCAGUAUUCGCAGCAUUGCUGUCUCCCACCCUCGCUGCUGUCCACGAGCAACUUGUUGCCCUUCCCCUUGGAUGGAGUGAAGUCGCAACACCAGCCGACGAUCAAAUCUUGACUUUGUCAAUUGGUCUGGCACAACAAAAUAUCGAUCAAUUGGAAUCCAAAUUGCUCGCUGUUUCAACGCCAGGGAAUGCCGAGUACGGACAGCAUCUCGACGUCGACGAUGUGAACUCUCUCUUCGCCCCUACCGAAGAGGCAAAUACGGCAGUCCAAUCGUGGCUUACGAAUGCUGGUGUCGGCCAGGUACAUAGUGAUGGGCAUUGGGUCACGUUUGCUACGACCGUAUCAAAGGCUAAUGAGCUGCUCAACACAACUUUCAAGACCUACUCGAACAGUGGUGUUCAGAAGAUACGAACGACGCAGUAUUCUGUUCCUGAUGAUAUUGGCUCCUACGUGGACUUGAUCACGCCAACCACGUAUCUAGGGAAGACCGUUGCUAGCAUGCCGAGAUACCCUAGGCCGGAAUUCACAAAGACGAAGAAGGAUGCGCCUAGCAAGCGCGAUAUUGCAGCUUCCUGCCAGACAUCAAUCACUCCAUCAUGUAUCAAGGAACUAUACAGUGUGGGAAAUUACACCCCGGAUGCGAAUUCAGGAAGUGUGGUUGGAUUCGGCAGCUUCUUGAACCAGUCUGCUCUCUACGCAGACCUCUUCGCAUAUGAGAAGCUCUACAACAUCCCCACACAGAACUUUUCGGUGAUUCUCAUCAAUAACGCAACAAACGAUCAAAAUACGACAACGGCACAAAUCGGCGAAGCUGACCUUGACGUACAGAACAUCAUUGGUGUUAGCCAUCCUCUACCAGUCGUGGAAUUCAUUACAGGUGGUUCACCUCCAUUUAUUCCUAAUUUGGAUGAACCCACAGCAGCAGAUAACGAGAAUGAACCCUACAUCCCUUACUAUCAAUACCUGCUCAAGCAAAAGAAUAGCGAACUUCCUCAGGUCAUCUCUAACUCCUACGGUGAUGAUGAGCAGACAGUUCCAAAAUCAUACGCAAUCCGUACCUGCAACAUGAUCGGCAUGCUCGGUCUGCGUGGUAUCACUGUUCUCGAAUCUUCCGGCGAUACUGGUGUAGGGUCCCCUUGCCAGUCUAACGAUGGAAAGAAGACUCCACAAUUCACGCCUACAUUCCCAGGUACCUGUCCUUAUCUCCUCUCAGUCGGAGGCACACAAGCUGUGACUCCAGAAGUGGCUUGGGUUGCCGGCUCCGGCGGCUUCAGCAACUACUUCUCGAGGGCAUGGUAUCAGGAAGGUGCUGUCCAGGACUACCUCAACAACCACAUAUCGAACGCGACCAAGAGUUACUACCAGCCGUUUACAAACUUUAAAGGCCGCGGUUUCCCUGAUAUCUCGGCUCACUCUUUAACCCCCGAUUACCAAGUCAUCUACGAUGGUACGCCUUCGCCAUCAGGUGGAACUUCCGCCGCUGCUCCUGUCGUAGCAGGCAUUAUUGGUCUCCUGAAUGAUGCCCGUCUUCGUGCUGGCAAAAACACUCUAGGCUUCAUCAACCCCCUUUUAUAUGACAUUGGUGUUAAGACCUUGAAUGACAUCACUGGAGGUGGAUCAGUUGGUUGCACUGGCAUCAACGGACAGACUGGAGCGUCUGUACCGGGUGCCAGUAUUAUUCCGUAUGCGAGUUGGAAUUCGACUGUAGGGUGGGAUCCUGUAACUGGACUCGGAACCCCUAAUUUUCAGAAAUUGAAGGAGCUGGUGUUAAAAUUUUAG